UAUAAAAUUGGACAGAUUCUUAAACUAAAGGUUAAAAUGAAUUGUCAAACUUUUAGAGAAACAUAUUUUCUCCUUCUUCUCUUAAUUCUCAAUUUGACCCUCAUUUCCUCUUCAUAUUCGUCUUCUCGAGCAUCAAAAAAAUAUUUCCAAGUUGCCAACGAUUGGUAUGAGACGACUUAUCAAAGUACAACUCCAAGUCCUCCUCCCUCUCAAAGUGAAUCAACAUCCACACCCCGAAUUCUUUUCCCUCCCGGAAUUUCGCUAGAAUUUCAACCAACCUUGACCAUUCCAUUCAUCAACAAGGACGCUUUUGGCAUCGGAUCCUCCUUUAAGGUGUCAUUUCCGGUCACAAUCCUACUGGACAAAUUGUCCUUAAACAGUUGGAACGAUAUUAAAGAUCUUGAGACCGAAAUUGUUCUGUGGGACAAUAACAAAAAUGGGUUCGUCAAAGCGAGGAAGAAACGCUCCAAUAAUUCAACAACCCAAGAAAAUUUUAGCCUCUGUCGAAAACUUUCUCUUCAAAAGCUUGCCUUAUUCAAGAAAUUGGAAACUUUCGCGAGUUCCGUGAGCAAUAGUUGGGCUUGGAAUUCUAGAGUUGCAAUGACAGGUGAAGACUGCCUGCUGAGAACGAUCUGUGAAAUAUACUAUUUUCCCAUAACCGAAGAAUUUGGCGUGUUUGGCGACCUUCUGAGGGAGUUGGUUAGGGCUGACCGGUUCCCCACGAGAGAAUGUGCAAAUGGAAAUAAUGACAUAUUAACAAAGUACUUGCAAGCCCAAAAACACGGAGAGAAAGGUUCAUGUAAAAUGUAUCAUAGUAAAUGCAUUAAAUCAUUAUUCUAUUAAGGGUGGUAAAAGUGUUGUUUAUUAUCGAUAUCGUGUUUAAUAUCACAUAACCCACACUUUAUUGGGUCUGGUUACACCCAUUUCUGCCGUCUCGAAAAAAUUUUGUACUGACAAUAAAAAGGAACCCUAACGUGGCUAAAAUGUAAUAAUUACAUAUUAUAUGCUACAUAAUUAUCAUAUGGACUUAUCAUUAAGUAUGUAAGAACGCCCUCCUUGCAUGCAAUUUAGAAAUUAAA